AGCAUGUUGUAUUUAACUACAUAUAGUUGAGAUAAACGUCAAAUAUGGGUAUUUUCGACAACUAACAACUUAAGAUAACUUUUUGACGACGAAUGGUGGCAAGUAAAUCCAAAAGUUAAAUGCCAGUGAGUCGCUGACGUUUUAAAAUGGAUGAGAUAUUUGACACAAUUAUGGUGGAGCCAAACAAUCAAGUCAUCUCAGAUGAAACAAACGAUGAACAGGAGACUUUUUCUUUUCACGAAAAAGAGGACUCAGAUAUUCCCCCAUCUCUGCGCAGCUACUUUGAAACCUCUAAAAGUAGAGCAGAAGUUUGUGAGAAGCUCAUCCUUGACGAAUUUGAAGAGUUCCCUGCAUCACAUCACACAGAGGACAUGAUGAACUUGCCAUUUGAACUGGAUAAGGACGUGAUAAAAGGGAAUGACCGGGUCAUUUGUGACACAGAAAACAAGGAGAACAACACAUCCACUGACACCUUCCUUCUUCCUGCACCCACAGAGACAGAAGCACUUUUCACUCUCAGUGUGUCAGUGUGUCCCAACAGUGAGGAUGAGUAUACGGACAGCGAGAAGCAGUUGGCAUUGGAAUACGAGACAGAGAGAGAGCAACGACACUGUGAGGAGAUGAAAAGAGAAGAGCAAAGGAGACAAAUAGAAAGAGACUUCCAGGAGGAGCUGAAGAAGAUAAUGGAGACAGAAAAGCUCCAUCAGAGGGAACUUGAAUUGAUGGGGAAGAGAGCUCAGGAGAAACUUGAACAGGAGCUGCUGCUUCAGCAGGAACUGAUCAGCAACUUAAAGAGACGAGUGGUGGAGGAGAGAAGGAUGAGAGAAGAGGAGCAGAAGAGGAUAAAGGAUGAAGAGGACAAGAGGAGAAGGGAAGAGGAGAAAACAAAGAUGGAGGCAGAGAGGAAAAGAACUGAGCAAAAAAGAGAAAAAGAAUGGAGGAAGAGGUGA